UGGGGGAGGGAGUUGGAGACCUGGGUCUGCCUGUUGGUAGCACUACCUACUGUGUGGUGUGAAGAUAUGGAUCAUGAGCAGAGCCAGGGAGCUACGCUGCUUCAGCUGCUAAGGCUUCUGUGGCUGCUGCCCCACUCCUGGGCCACCCCUGCAGCUCUUGCUCCACUGUGGCGAGAUGACCUGCAAAACCACACAUUCCGACACACUGUGUUCUGCCAGGAUGGGAGUCCCAGUAUAGGGCUCACUGAGACCUACGACGAAGACCUGCUUUUCUCCUUUGACUUUUCCCGGAAUACUCGGGUGCCCCGCCUCCCUGAAUUUGCUGACUGGGCUCAGGAUCAGAGAGAUGCCUCUGCCAUUGUAUUUGACAAAGGAUUCUGUGAAGCGAUGAUUGAGCAAAUAGGCCCCGCACUUGAAGGGAAAAUCCCAGUAUCCAGAGGUUUCCCUGUUGCUGAGGUGUUCACAAUGAAGCCCCUGGAGUUUGGCAAACCCAACACGCUGGUCUGCUUUAUCAGUAAUCUCUUCCCGCCCACGUUGACCGUGAACUGGCAGCAUAAUUCCGUCCCUGUGGAAGGAGUUGGGCCCACUUUUGUCUCAGCUAUGGAUGGACUCACCUUCCAGGCCUUUUCUUAUUUAAACUUCACACCGGAACCCUAUGACCUUUUCUCCUGCAUCGUGACUCACGAAAUUGACCGCCACACAGCAAUUGCCUAUUGGGUGCCCCAGAAUGCCUUGCCUUCAGAUUUCCUGGAGAAUGUGCUGUGUGGCAUAGCCUUUGGCCUGGGCGUGCUGGGCAUCAUUGUGGGCACUGUCCUCAUCAUCUAUUUCCGGAAGCCUUGCUCAGGUGACUGAUUCUUUUUGAUCGGAGUUUGAUGCCAACACCUUUAGCCAUUCAAGCAGGGAAAUCCUCAGGUUUCUCACAUCCUGCCAAAGAUCUUUCCUCAGAACAGAAGUCCCUGGGACUCCCCCGGGGAGUGUGCAUGUAGGUUUUUCUGCUGUUCCUGAGUUUGCAUCCAGAGGAGCCCAGAGUGGCCUGUCACAAUGACAACUUCUUACUUCAGGCAAUAAAUCUCAGAUUAUUUUUAUCA